GUCGAGGCGGUCGAGGAAGGCACGCUGGGCAAGAUCCUGGUGCCCGAGGGCAGCGAGGAGGUGGCGGUCAACACGCCGAUCGCCCUGCUGCUGGAGGAGGGCGAGGACGCCGCGGCCCUGGAUAAGGCGCUGCGCGACGCCAUGGCAGAGGAGCUGCGCCGCGACAAGCGGGUCUUCGUGAUCGGCGAGGAGGUCGCGGAGUACGAGGGCGCCUACAAGGCGAUCGACCAGAUCAUCAACUCCUCGGCCAAGACGCUCUACAUGUCGGGCGGUCAGAUCCAGAACCCCAUCGUGUUCCGCGGCCCCAACGGCGCCGCCUCGCGGGUCGCCGCCCAGCACAGCCAGAACUACGCCUCCUGGUACGGCCACGUGCCCGGCCUGAAGGUGGUCUCGCCUUGGUCGGCGGCCGACGCCAAGGGUCUGCUGAAGGCCGCCAUCCGCGACCCGAACCCGGUGAUCUUCCUCGAGAACGAGAUCCUCUACGGCCAGUCUUUCGAGGUGCCGGACAGCGACGACUGGGUGGUGCCGAUCGGCAAGGCCAAGGUGGUGCGCGCGGGCAGCGACGUGACCAUCGUGGCCCACUCGAUCAUGGUCGGCCGCAGCCUGGAGGCGGCCGAGCAGCUCGCCGGCGAAGGGAUCGAGGCGGAGGUCAUCGACCUGCGCAGCAUCCGCCCGCUCGACACCGCCACCAUCGUCGAGUCCGUGAAGAAGACCAACCGCUUGGUCUCCGCCGAGGAGGGCUGGCCCUUCGCCGGCAUCGGCGCGGAGCUGGCGGCGACGAUGAUGGAGCAGGCCUUCGACUACCUGGAUGCGCCGGUCGCCCGCGUCUGCGGCGCCGACGUGCCGCUGCCCUACGCCGCCAACCUGGAGAAGCUGGCCCUGCCGCAGGCCGACAAGGUGGUCGCGGCGGCCAAGCAGGUCUGCUACCGAACAGGAAGCGUCAUGCCGAUCAAUGUCCUGAUGCCGGCCCUCUCGCCCACCAUGACCGAGGGCACGUUGGCCAAGUGGCACGUCAAGGAGGGUGACGAGGUCAGCUCCGGCGACGUGAUCGCCGAGAUCGAGACCGACAAGGCCACCAUGGAGGUGGAAGCCGUCGAGGAAGGCACGGUCGGCAAGAUCGUCGUCGCCGAGGGCAGCGAGAGCGUGGCCGUCAACUCGGUGAUCGCCAUCCUGCUGGAGGAGGGCGAGAGCGCCGACGCCAUCGACGUCGAGGCGGCCAAGGCCAAGGCGCCGGCCGCCCCCGGCGGCGAGGGCGACACUGGCGGCGACACUGGCGGCGAGAGCAAAGGCGCGGCGGAAGCGCCCGGCCCGGCGCCCAGUCCAGCACCGGCCCCCAGUCCAGCACCGGCCCCCAGUCCAGCAUCGGCCCCCAGUCCAGCAUCGGCCCCCAGUCCAGCACCGGCGCCCAGUCCCGCGCCCGCGACCGGCGGCGGGGAGGGCGGCCGCAUCUUCGCCUCGCCGCUGGCGCGGCGCAUGGCCGAGCAGGCCGGUCUCGACCUCGCCCGGCUCACCGGCUCGGGGCCGCACGGGCGGAUCGUCAAGGCCGACAUCGAAGCCGCCCUGUCCGCCGGCCCUGGAGGCGUGUCCGGGAAGGCUUUCGCGGACGCCUUUGGUAUUCCAUACAAGCAGGAGCCGCUGUCCGGCAUGCGCAAGGUGAUCGCGCAGCGCCUGACCGAGUCGAAGCAGACCGUUCCCCACUUCUAUCUCACCAUCGACUGCGAGCUGGAUGCGCUGCUGAAGGUCCGCAAGGAUCUCAACGGGCGCUCCCCCGAGGGCGACGGUGCCUACAAGCUCUCGGUCAACGACUUCGUGAUCCGUGCGGCCGCUUUGGCCCUGCGGCAGGUUCCCGAAGCCAAUGCGUCCUUCGAUCCUUCAGGGCUUCUGUUCUUCGACCGUGCCGACAUCUCCGUUGCCGUGGCGACGCCGGCCGGUCUGAUCACCCCCAUCGUGAAGCAGGCCGACGGCAAGGGCCUCGCUCAGAUUUCGGCGGAGAUGCGCACGCUCGCCGGUAAGGCGCGCGACGGCAAGCUGAUGCCCGAGGAGUAUCAGGGCGGGACCUUUUCGAUCUCCAAUCUCGGCAUGUUCGGGGUCAAGCAAUUCGAGGCGGUGAUCAACCCGCCGCAGGGCUGCAUUCUGGCGGUCGGCGCCGGCGAGCAGCGCCCGGUGGUGAAGGAGGGCGCGCUCUCCGUGGCGACGGUCAUGUCCUGCACCCUGUCGGUCGAUCAUCGGGUUGUGGACGGGGCGGUCGGAGCCGAGUUCUUGGCCGCCUUCAAGAAGCUGAUCGAAGACCCGCUGACCAUGCUGCUUUAG